CGCUUAAAUUUCCGCAUUUCCAGCCAAGGACCAGAAGACACACUCAAGUUGUCUCUGCCUGCCCUCAACACUAACAUCAAAAAGUAUCAUGUCAGGAUUUUUAAUUAGAGCAAACCUGAGGAGGUGCAUCUUCUCUCAGAUCAGAAUGGGAUCUGAUCAGCUUGGCGAAAUUGGCUCAGGAGUAGGCAAAGGUGGAGGUGGUGGAGGCUCUGUGAGGGAAGCAGGUGGUGCACUCGGAAAGCGAGAAGUGGCAGAGGAGGAGCGGUACUUUAGGCAGAAGGAGAAGGAGCAGAUGGCAGCGCUGAGAAAGCAUCAUGCAGAGGAGAUUGACCACCACAAAAAGGAGAUUGAGCGCCUACAAAAGGAAAUCGACCGCCACAAGGGCAAAAUCAGAAAGCUGAAACAUGACGACUAAAGCUGGGAAGCCUCAUAUCAUUUCUUCGUCCGACCAACCGAUUGCCAAGUCAAUUGUCCACUAUUGACUAAUUGAUUUAAUGCUGGUCAAGGCAGGUCCUGUAUGAGAAAUCAAGAUUACCAAAUUAAAAACAAAGAAACAAUAAAGCACUUAAUUUUUACACGA